AUGGUCCAAGAUAGGGGUUUAGAUAAUGCAGGCAAGACGACUAUUGUGAAAAAAUUCAACGGCGAGGAUAUAAAUGGGAUUUCACCUACGCUGGGGUUCAGUAUUCAAACUCUGGAACACAACGGCUAUAAGCUGAAUAUUUGGGAUGUGGGUGGUCAGAAAUCAUUGCGGUCCUACUGGCGUAACUACUUUGAAACCACAGAUGCACUCGUUUGGGUUGUAGAUAGCUCGGAUCGACUGCGAUUGGAAGAUUGCCGGGAGGAGUUGUCCAAAUUGUUGUUGGAAGAACGUUUGGCUGGCGCCACGUUGCUUAUUUUCGCAAACAAACAAGUAAGAAUAAUGCGUUUCAUGGUAUUUUAUCAACAAAAUUACAUAAUUAAGAUAACUGUUGACUGA